UCGGGCACGUCGGGGCGGACGUCUCGCGGAAGUCGGAAGUUACAGAUACGUUUAAAAUUUCGAACGCGGAGUGUUGGUUCGUGACCGUAUGCCGGUCGCGACAGUGGUUGAGACCCGCUUUGCCCUUCCGUAUGCGCGCGCGCCGCAGACAUGUCGGGCAAAGACCGAAUCGAGGUGUUUCCCUCUCGCAUGGCGCAGACCAUCAUGAAAGCACGCCUGAAAGGGGCGCAGACUGGCCGAAACCUGCUCAAGAAAAAAGCAGACGCCCUGUCCUUGCGUUUCCGCCAGAUCCUGCGUAAGAUCAUAGAGACAAAGACCCUUAUGGGAGAAAUCAUGAGGGAAGCUGCCUUCUCCCUGGCUGAAGCUAAGUUUGCUGCAGGAGACUUCAGCACCACGGUAAUCCAAAAUGUAAACAAGGCCCAAGUGAAGGUCAGGGCGAAGAAGGAUAAUGUAGCAGGUGUCACUCUGCCAAUAUUUGAACACUAUCAGGAAGGAGGUGACAGCUACGAGCUGACCGGUUUGGCCAGGGGAGGUGAGCAGCUGGCCAAGCUCAAGAGGAACUAUGCCAAAGCAGUGGAGCUGCUUGUGGAGUUGGCUUCGCUUCAGACUUCUUUCAUCACUCUGGAUGAGGCCAUCAAGAUCACAAACCGCCGUGUGAAUGCCAUUGAGCACGUGAUCAUACCCCGUAUCGAGCGAACUCUGUCCUACAUUAUCUCUGAACUGGACGAAAGGGAGCGAGAGGAGUUCUACAGGCUGAAGAAGAUCCAGGAGAAGAAAAAACGAGUUAAGGAGAAGACAGAGAAAGAGAUGGCGGCACGUUUAGCUCAGCUGGGGCCAAUGGCUGAGCCGACGAACUUGCUCACGCAGGGGGAGGACGAGGACUUGUUAUUCGAAUAACCCCUGGACCUCUCUCCAAGCCUGUCCCAAAGCUCCCGAGUGCCUGACGUUUUACUUUUUGUACUUCUUCUGAAUGUCAUUUUUAAUGUGCUUUUAGAAACCAUCGCAUGUGAACAUUUUUUGUUGUUUUUCCAAAAAAUCAAAUUUAAGUGUUUACCAGAGGUUCAUUUUUACUGUUGAAAGAAUUAUUGACAGGUAUUGAGGGGGGGAGUA